GGUAUGAGGGGGGGGACGGCGGCCAUGUUUUCCUAAACACAAACAACAAGAGGACCAGCGACUAGCAGGCAGCAGUAGACACUUACACGCACGCACACGCACACACAUACACACGAAGAUCACGCAGUGGCGACCAUUGGAGGCGACCAAGAACAAAAAACCAGGCGCAUCGAGCACGGAAGCGCGGCUUUCCGUCGAAUGAAUAACGUUUCCGGUGUUCAGAGAGACCAAAUUGCACGCAGAGGAUCGGCGGUCGAUAGCCGGGUGGUUGAUAAACAAGUGAAGUGGCGCGGAGGACAGGAAGUCGAGGAAUUACCUGGAGAGUUUCCGCCUGUCCACCUUUAAGUCGGAGUGAUCUCGAAAGGCGCCGGGGGGAAGGAAAGGAGGGGGAUUUUCGGUGAAGAGGAGUGCAGGUCGCGUUUGCUCCCGGCAGCUGUUCCAGCAGCCUGUUUUUUUUUUUUCUCAUGAGACUUCAAAUGUCCCUGCGUUCCUUUUUUUAACGGACUGUUUCAUGUUACAACCGUAAAUGUGAGAUCUAACUGCUGUAAAAAAAAACACAACAAAAGGAGAGAGGAGAUAUUACUAGCAAGUGUUUUUUUGGUAUUAUUUUGAGUAUUUCCAAGGUUCUUUAUGUUUUUCAAUGUUUUACAAACUUAAUUGGCUCUGAGUAGCAGCAGCUUCCAUUCUCCAAUCUGUUGUCAAAGCCCUUCCAUACUUACAGAACUGAUAACCUGGUAUCCCUCAAGCACCUACAACUGGCAGCUAUUCUUGUGGAUGUGUGUUUUUUUUGGGGUGGGGGGGCACCCUGUGAUCACAGUCUAAGCACCACUCGGCCUUCUUCACCCAAGCCUAACUAAACCCAACCAGCUCUAGCCUGGUCCAGCCCAGUCCAGCCUGCUCCGAUAUCUUUGGACAGGAUACUCAGUUCUGUGCGGACGUGAGGAAUAUGACUGCUGAGACUCUCAACUUCGGCCCAGAAUGGCUCCGUGCACUGUCCAGUGGGGGGAGUGUGACCUCCCCUCCUCCUUCGCCCGCCAUGCCAAAGUACAAGCUAGCCGAGUACCGCUACGGCCGAGAGGAGAUGUUAGCACUUUAUAUCAAAGACAACAAGGUCCCAGAGGACAUGCAGGAUAAGGAGUUUGCUGCUAUUCUGCAAGAUGAGCCCAUGCAGCCGCUGGCACUGGUGCCUCUCACUGAGGAGGAGCAGAGGAACUUCUCCAUGUCUGUGAACAGCGUGGCCGUACUAAGGCUAAUGGGAAAGGGGAUGGGCGGGCCUCCCCCGGCUGGAGUAAACCGAGGACGUGGUGCCCCCAGAGUCGGCAGAGGGCGAGGCCGCGGUGAAAGUGGAUUCUACCAAAGAAGUAUUGAAGAUGUAGAAGUGGGAUUUGGUCGCAGCUCCCGAGAGAUACAUCGAAGCCAGAGCUGGGACGAUCGGGGUGAGCGUCGGUUUGAGAAGCCACUCCGACGGGAGGUGGGGCGUCCAGGCUUUGAGGAGGGCCCUGCGGCCACUGGGAGGAAGGAGUACACAAGGGCUGACAGUGAUAACUGGCGCACCCUUCGGGAGGAGCAAGAAGCCGAGGAGGGGGAACCAGGAACCAAUUGGAGACUGACUGGACCCCGCAGGGACGAUGGUGGUCCACGCUCAGCAGGCUGGCGGGACCACGUCGGUCCAGGUGAGAGUCGUCGGCGCAAGUUUGACUUCGACUUCCGGGAUUCAGAGGGGCAUGGGAGUGGACGCCGGCGUGCCGGCAGUGAGGGGCUGGAGGACGACAGGGACGGCCUGCCUGAGUGGUGUACUGACGAGGAGGAUGGAGAGAUGGGAACUUUUGACUCUUCUGGAGCGUUCAUGCCUAUGAAGAAGGGUGGUAAGGAUGCUCUCUUGGAGGAGGAUUUUGAGUUUAAGGGGAUUGAGGAGGAGGAGGAAGAGGAGGAGGAGGAAGCGGAAGAGGGCCAGAUUAUUGCUGAUAUUGAGAGGAACUCUGCUGCUGAUGAAGACAAAGACAAAGAAAGCAAAGAUUCCACCUCAGCUGUGAUUGACAGGGAAGGAAAACCAGCGUCACCAUCUUCCUCCCCUCCCACCCUUGGUGCCCCUCCAUCCCUGGAGCUCCAGCCCAGCAACACUGUCCCAGCAGUGGAUAACCUUCAGCUGAGCAACAGCCACCCUUUAAAAGACAGCAGCACACCAAGCAAAGAUGUGGCUCUAGUGAGUGGAUCCAAAACCAAGGUGAGCUCCAACACUGCCACCUCCUCAACUCUGCCUCCACCUCCCCCUUCUUCUGCUGCUCCCCUUCUCCCUCCAUCCGGGGGAGGAGACACUGAGGAUGAUGAGGGCAUGAAACACCUGCAGCAGGAGGCAGAAAAGAUGGUGGCAUCGCUGCAGGACACCUCUUUAGAGGAAGAGUGUUUCACACAGGCUCUGCAGCAGCAGCAGGAGAGUAGAAACACUGCAGCUGCUCUGCCGCUGUCACACGAGGCCGCCAUGAAGUGGUUCUACAAAGACCCACAAGGAGAGAUCCAGGGUCCUUUUACCACUGUGGAGAUGUGUGAGUGGUUCCAAGCUGGCUACUUCACCAUGACGCUAUUGGUGAAGCGGGGCUGCGACGAGGGCUUCCAACCCUUGGGCGAUGUCAUCAAGAUGUGGGGCCGUGUGCCCUUCGCCCCGGGUCCCUCCCCUCCGCCGCUGCUGGUGAGACAGCCACCGCCAACGCAGCGCUCGCAGCCCACCCGGGCGUCCACCGGGACUGUGAGUCAGAGCUCAGCCAACAUAGACGAUGGGAAGGGGUGGAUGCAGAAGGGAGGGAAGAUGGAUGGACAGGGCACGGGGAACCUGGAUCAGGAUAGGCUGAAAAAACAGCAGGAGCUGGCAGCGGCUGCUCUUUAUCAGCAGCUCCAACAACAGCAGUUAUACCAGCUCAUUAACAGGUGCAGUGAGCAGGGAAUGAUACCUUCGAUGAACAGGUCGAUGUCAGUGCCAGAUACAGGGCCCAUGUGGGACAUGCAUACCUCAGCUUCACAGCCGUCAGGCAGUGAAGCCAAUCUUUGGGACAUAACAAUGAAUUCUUCUACUCAGGGUCCAACUCUGGAACAGCUUCAAAAGCUGCAGCAGGAGAGGCGAGAAGCUGAACUCAGGGCGAAGCGUGAGGAAGAAGAACAGCGUAAGAGGAGGGAGGAGAAGAGGAGGCAGCAGGAGGAACAAAAGAGAAGGGAGGAUGAGGAGCUCUUCCGACGCAAGCAGUGUCGUCAGCAGCAGGAGCUGAUCAUGAAGCUGCUUCAGCAGAACCCCCAGCAGCAGGGCCUUGGGGCAGGCAGCUCGAGCUGGAGUGGGGCUUCCUCCUCUGGACUUCCCAAAACAGGGAAAACCCAAACUCUGACUCUGCUCGAGAUGCAACAACAGCGAGCCCAACAGAGGGACCGGCACUCCUGUCUUUCGAUGGGGAGUUCAUCCCUGGGAAGCCAGUGGGCGGAUAGCAUUGGCAUUUGGGGCGGGCCUGGAGGUAUGGAGGGAAAAAGUGGCAGUGGCGGCAUGGGCAUGUGGGAGGAGGCUGUGAAGAACCAGGCCAGCCACCGUGGCAACGGUAACAACAACCUGGGCUUGAAGAACAGCCGCAGCAGCCCAUCACUCAGCGACCAGUACUUGAUGCGUCGUAAGCGGACAGACGAGGAGGACAAGCUGCUGAAGCUCUUGCAGGGCAUGAAGCCUCAGGAUGGCUUCACUACUUGGUGUGAGCAGAUGCUGCACGCCCUCAACGCCUCUGCCAACAACUCCUCUUCUCCUCUGGAUGUUUCUACGAUUGUGACCUACCUGAAAGAGGUGGAGUCUCCCUAUGCAGUGUUGGACUUCAUCCGGUCCUACCUGGGGGACACAGUGGAAGCCAAAGAGUUCGCCAAACAGUUCCUGGAGCGACGUGCCAAACAGAAAGCCAACCAACAGAGACAGCAGCAGCAGCUAUCAAAGGAAGUGGCUGGCCUGAACAUGAACUUCCCUCUGCAGGACUCCAUGCGAGGUAUGAACCCAAGCGCCCUGCAGUCUAUGUUCCAGGCCAACCACAUGGGCAAGGGUGGUCUCUAUGACAACCAAGGAGGGAAGUUAAAAAAAAAACAGCCCAUGAUGCUGCACCCUGAUCCCAGCAUCUUAGGCUACUCAUUCCACAAUACGGCCGAGUGUCUGAGCCUGAAUGAGAUGGAGAUGGUGGAGGAUUACUGAUGUGACGCAGCGCAGCAGCAAUAGCUACCUGAGGCCUUCUGUCUUUUAAUCAGACAAAAUGACGAAUGUGCACUGCUGGGGGAACCUGGGGGUGGGGACGGGGGUAGGGAUUUUGGGAAGGGAGCAAGCCUUAGAGGAGGUGCGGUGUGAUCGGGCGGUUGCGGGUGCCCGUUCGGGAUUGCGCCCCCCGCCCCCGACACCUACUUUUCUCGUGGUUUUGAUACACUGAGGCUUCCUGCUGCACCAGUUGAUCACUAGAGCUGGUGCAGAAUGGGUAGGGUUCAAAGAAAGAUGGGUAUCCUCUGGCACUCAACAUUUUAAGCACCUUAUAAUGAACUAAUGCACUUUAAUGAGAUGGGAUUUGAAUUUUUUUUUUUCGUGUGUGUGUGUGUGUGUCUGUGUGCGCGCGUGACCAGAAUCAGUGUGCACACAGUCUAUGUGCGAACACACAGUCUAUGUGCGAACACACAGUCUAUGUGCGUCGCAACUGGAAGUGUAGGAAAGCGGAAGUGUCGAGUGAGCUUUUCAAAGUCGGGACCUUUAAGUUGAGCGCAAAUCCUUUCUCUCGAAAGACAAACACUGUUGAUAUUUCUCUUGUUUCGCAUUUUUUUACGUUUAUAUAAAAAAGUAAAGCUAUUGAAAAACGGAUCACAAAAAACUUGAAGAUUUGCACUUGCCUAAAAAAUAUUAAAGGAUAAAAAAAAAUGGGGGUUAGUUGUAGAAAUUACUAUUUUUGUGAAUGUGUGUGUGAAUGACUGACUUGUGAUGAUUGGUUCUUGUCAGUAAUAUACCAGUCUGCACAAUGUCUUUUUUUUUUUUUUUAGUUGCUACCAAUAUGUGUGUGACACACGAGGCCAUUUAUGACUUUUUAAAACGUUUUAUUUUGUACUUUCAUGUUCGUGUGUGUGUGUGCGCUACAUGUGGAGUUAGAGAGAGAAAGGGCAAUUGCACAACACAUCCUUUCUCUCACCCUUCCUCUUAACCCCAUUUUGGCGAUAAUGAAACGCAUACACUUGUAAAAUGUCAGCUUUGCGCUCCUCACACGACGGUCGCCGCUUGUUUAUCCCUCAGUUGCGUUCCGAUGUGAGGCGAAUCACAGGAGACAAUGUUUGCGUUUUUGUGUGUGUUCAUUUACAGUUGAUAGAAAUGAGGCAAGACUACAGGUACUCAUUUUGAAUAUAUGUGCUUUUUUGUGUAUGAAUGCACAUUUGUGCCUAUAACUUGGAUCGGGUGCGUGGCCAUUGAGACAUUAGCUCUUUUUUGAGAGUGAGUGUGGCAUGUCAGUGCUCAGCACAGUGUAUGUCAAGCGUGUAUGUUUUUUGUUUUUUUAUACAUAAAUCUAUAUCGUAAAUGUUUCUAGUUCAGUCGAGGGGUGAUCCAUCCAAAGGUUAGUGCGUUACUACUCCUGGGGUGUGAUCACGUUGCCUUUUGUCAGCUCUCGAACUUGUGAAUGAAAGGUGUCGAGUUUCUGACACUUGAGGAAAAAAAAUGAUACAGCAUCUUAAUGUGCAGGUGCACACCACGGUGCAUGUCAUGUUAGCAUUGUGUUACUUGUUUGUUGUUGCAAUUUGAUAAUGACGAGUUUUCUUUUUUAUGAGAAAUAUAUAAAUGAACAUAUACAUUAUAUACAAAGUUUAAAAAGUAUUUGGACUAAGAUAAUGAGCACUUGGGGCUGCUAUUUUUGUUUUUGUUUUUCUUAAUUUUUUUGUUUUAUUUCAUUCUCGCCAUGUGAAGUGUGUAUUAUUUCUUAAGAAAAUAUUGAAUGUAUUCCAAAAAAUGACAAGAAACCCGUGCUGAUAUUUUUUUCCUCCAGAAGAUUUCAAAAAUGGAAACAAAAUACAAAAAAGCUUCAAAGAUUUUUUUUCUAUUUUUAGUAGACUGUGGAGGAGGGGGGGAGAACUGGGGAUGGAUACAGUUGAACACACUGCCUCUACAAUCCUGGUCCACAAAUGGUGACUAAGAAUUAAAAGAAAGGACUAUUUCUAUUCCAUACUGGAUCUUUGGUUGUUUACAAACCACAUGGAUAUCUGUGGGUGCAUUUUUACUUCAUUUUUUUUGGAUCAUGUUUUUUCAUAUUGUUUCCCAUGUUAAGUGGGUGGGGUUUGCAAGUGCGCUUCUGCCAUACGGACAGUGAGUGCUGUUGGACACAAAUCCUCCUAACUGGAGUUUUUUUGGGACUGCCGUGGAUCCUGAAAUGGGGAGCACAGUGGGGAAAUCCCAGGAUUAACCUUCAUUGUUUUAGUUUUUUUUUUUAGGGGUUGGGGGCGGGGUUUGCUCGUGGAAUGGAGUGCAGGUCGACACCAGUUGGAGGAGGUAUUGAGAGGCGAUAGGAGUCUUGGGCUCAGUCCUUACCAGCACUCACCCUGCCCUCACCAACUCACCUAUGCACUUUUGUUCAAUUCAAGCUGUGAGGUACCAUUUUUUUGGGGGGGGGCACAGCAGGAGGAAAUAUAUUUCCAAAAUGAACCGAAAGACUGGAGUCCCCUGUACAUAAGCAUAUUUUUAUAUCACUCAUCGUAGUUGACGGAGAGAAAACAUGCAAACAAAUGAAGGAAAACUCAUGUCGAGUGAAUGUUUUGGAGAAAAACAUUUGGAAAAGAAAAAAAUAAUUUCCCUGAGACUUGAGCUGAUGGGAAACGAAAGAACAGAACUGAGCAGUUUCAGGACUAUUGGCAAAAUGGACAUAGCAGUGGCCAUAAGAUUGUUUUCAAGGGCAGUGAUUUUUUUGUUUUGUAUUUUGAGGCGGUGUCUGCUCAGAUGCCUUGAGAAUGACGACGCAAAGACAAAUCUUAGGUUCUGGUAAGGCGUACAUGCUCGAUCUAAUAAGACUGUUUGCUCAAUGUACUCAUAUCUUCUUCUUCUCCCAGGAGCUUGGCCGUGCUUGCUGCCCUCUGCAAAGAGGAUCUAACCCACGGCCAAACAGACAACAAACCCUCAGCGUCCUCCUGAAAGGACCCGACCGCCGCCACGGCGACUUCAGAAGCUGCGGGAGCGUGAAGUCCAUCGAGAUUUGAUCUCCGAAGCUAUGUUGUCACCCACCUCGGCCUGGCUGGUCCUGAUGAGGUCUUAACCUAAUGGAGCCAGUCUGGACAGCAAGGACAGCUGGGUUGGGUUCUAGUGAAUGAGAAGCCACCCUGAAGCCGUGGAUUUGGAUGGACUAAAGACUUGUACAAAAACUUUGACACAUGUUCAUACACACACUUAGCUACAUGUCACAUAGAUUCCAAAGGGGUUGAAGAAACACUACAUGUCACUGGGUCACACACUGCAUCUCAGAUAAUGCAAGGCUUUGUAAAUAAUGUAUACCUUUUGUGUUUUUGAGGUUCCCACCUUCGAGUCCGUUUUGCUUUAAUCCUCCAGUUCAACAUGCCUUAAUACUGUACAGUUGGGUCCUGAAUGGCAAACAGAUAAAAUGGGAUAAUGUGCUAAAGUCGGACACCACUUUGUCUGAGAAAUGACAACAAAAGCGCCUUUGUGCGUUUUUCUUCAGAACAGAACGACAAGCUUUUCUUGACCCUGAUAUUUGUAUAUUUCUUCUUUUGUUUGGCUGCUGGUUGGUGUUUUUUGUUUCUUUGGUUUUGGUUUUCUUUUAUUGAAGAGUGGGUUUGUAGUGAUAAUUGCAGACUGAAUUAGGACUGGAGUCUGUCCUGUUAGGAGCUGAGCUGAAAAGGCCCAAAAGCAUACUUUUGUUUACGCGCAAUGCAAAAUGUUAAACCUUGAAGUGAACUAGAUCAUUCUCGAAUAUCAAUGAACGUUCUGACAGUUCCCCAGAAUUUGGUGCCUAAAUUGGAUAUUUGGUUUUCAUCAAUUAUCCACAUGGUGUUUUUACUGCAAACAGUGCUGCAAAUGCUAUUAGAUCUGACGUUUAGCUUAAGCUUGUGUCUGAUUCAAGAAUUACAAAUUUGGAAAUUAAUUUGCUGAAUUUCAAAUAAACUUAAAAUAAAGAACUGUGACAGCUUCAAAUUUGAUCCGGUUUUCUGUAGCUUCAAGAAAAACACUGGUCCAAAUAGUCUUAAUUUAACAAAAUCUAAUUUAUUGAUUGACUUCCCCGAGAAGUAAAAUGACGUAUAUGAAGGGUCAGCUCAGUUCCUUUCGCUUUAGUCUUCGAUUUUUUUUAUUUUUAGAAAAAGGUAACUGUAUAAGCCGAACCGAAAAGAGCAACCGAAAGAUAUGUACAUAUUUUUUUUGUCUGAAGAAAAAAAUAAAUAUUAACAGUUAGCAACA